CUCGGGUGUUUGAGGAUGGGGGGGAGGACGAGAAUCUGAAGGCGUAGAAGAGAUGUUGCGUGUACAAGUACAUUCGCGUGGGACAGAGUCUCGGCGAGAGAUUCUGCGGCAAUCGCAUGUUGAAGUGCGUUUUCUGCGGGCACGAGUUCCAGGGCAACCAGUUCGUGGCAGCGCGCCAUUUCCGCCAGGGCAAGGGAUGUCCGGAAGUGACCAACGAGGCACUUGUCGACAUCUACUACAACAGUGCCGAUACGGCUGAGGCGGGUCCGUCUGCGGGGAAGAGGAAGGAGAGAGAGGAGGGGGCGCAACCGACGGCAGCAGCCGCAGCACAGAAGAGGCUGAGGCAGAACACGAUCACGGAGUCAUUCUCUUCAAAGUGGCAGAUGGAGUUCAAGAAGAAGUGGCUGCGGUUUGUAUACAGUCAGCGCCUGACGUUCAACGUCUUCCGGAGCGAGCUGUGGUUGGACGUCGUCUGGCACUUCAGGGAUUUGCCGGGGCUAGUGAAGGUGUUGUGGCCUUCAGAGAACAAGAUGGCGGACGAUGUGGGAGCUGAUCUCGCGGAGGUCAGGGCUCCUUUCUAUGUCACGGGGGCAACCAUUAUGUCAGACGGAAGGAAGUCACGCGAUGCUAGACCCAUCGUUAACUUCCUUGCCAGCGGGUCGCGUGGGGUGAUGCUCGUCCGGACGAUGAACAGGGAGGGUGAGCGGGAUCGGGUGCCUGAUGUGUUGGCGUGCUGGAUCAAGGUGUUCGAUGACUUUCCCCCUAAGUGGGUGAACGCCAUCUGCACCGACUCCGCCUCGGCGAACAUGCUCCAGGGGCCCCAUCAGAGGCCAGAGCAUCGACGGAUCACGUGGCUCCCAUGCGCAGUGCAUGUCUGCAACAAGAUGUUGUCAAUCAUUGGUUGUUCGGGCCCGUGGUCCAAGGACAUCAUCGUGAGGGGGAGAGCGGUGGUGCGCUUCAUUAAGGAGCACGGCACCGCUCUCCACAUUUUCCGGGGGGAGAGCAGUCAGAUGGGCCUCAUCUAUCCUUGCGAGACACAUUUCGCAUCCGUGUUCGCGAUGGUGGAGCGUUUGCUGGCAGUGAGGUCAGCAUUGGAGAGGACGGUGGAUGGCGAUACUUGGGGUAUGGUCCCUUGGGACCAUUCCGUUCGUCAAUUGGCUAGGUGGGUCAGGUGGCAGGUGCGGCAUGGCAGUUGGUGGGAUUCCAUGGGCAUCUUGUUCCGCAUCAUGGAGCCUUUGUACGACUUGCUGCGCAGGUUGGACCGCGAAGGGCUGCACAUGUCGCGGGUGGUUGAGUGGACACAGGAUCUGGCCCGCCGUGUAGCAGAGGAGGUUUGUGCACUUCCGGCAGAUCUUGCACACUACAUUGUGCAGAGGGUGCAAGCUCGAUGCGCUCACAUGCUGGAGUCGGCGCACGCCGCUGCUCACCUUCUCUGUCCCAGCCGACGGGACUUGCGGUACUUCGAGGGCGUGGUCAGUGACUACGAGGCGAGCUUGGUGAGGGAGGCGGAGUCUUACAUCUUGUCGCAGACAGGGUUCAGUGUGGCGAGCCGCGACUACGAGACCGCAUGUGCGCAGUUGCGCGACUUCCACACACGGAGGGGGACGAUUGCUUGGGGGGGCAGAGACGACGACAGAGAUGCACAUGGGUGCACGGGCGAUGCGGAGACGUGCGAGUCCGGGUGUUGGUGGUCGAGGUACAGGCAGUGCGCCCCGCAGUUGCAGGUUAUCGCUCUUCGUACGAAGAAGCGUAACCGGCUUGAGUUCGAGAAGGUCGCGAAGUUGGUUGAGAUCUCAGCCAACGCCCGCCUUCUCUCUCAUCAGCGGGCAGGCCGCGGGUUCACGCUGCCGUGGACUCUAGAUGAGUCGUUGUUGGACGUGGAGGGAGGUAUCGGGAUUCGCCCCUCGUGGAAGGGGACGAACGAGAGGAGGACGCGGGAGGAGCUCGAGGAUCAGAGACGUUCAUGGCAGCGAGACCCAUGUGGGUCCAGAGCUCCUCCGGGUGAUGUGGGCGAUGUUUUUGGGACUCGAGCCACCACAUUGCACCCGUACCCUCGAGACGACAGUGAUUCUGAGGGUGAUGAGGACGAGGACGAGCCGGCGGGCCCCGCUACCGCCACUCCGGCGGCGGAUGAGCGUGAUGAGUGGAGCAACCCAGAGGACGUCCGUAGACGGAGUGGCAGAGAUGACCUGUUCGUUCCAGGUUAUCUGGAAGAGGAGUCUGGGUGUCGUCAUGGGAGCCCUGUAGAGCGUCCGAGGCCUACGUCCACUGGCCCGCUUCCCGCUGAGCGGGAGAGAGAUCCUGGUUCUGCACCUUCGAGGGGGGCAGAGUCGGGGAUUGGCCAUCGUCCUCUGGGUCGCUCUGGCACGGCAUCAUCCGCCGCUCUUCCCACUUCGACGGAGGAGCUUCAUCGACAACCAGCCGGUGCAGAUCGAUUGCAGAGAUUGGUGAGGGGCCCGCAACAGCGAUUGGAGGACAGAUUAGAGGGCGGUCCUUCACCGGUGCAGAGGGACGUUGGAGAUAGACAGGGGUUGGUUGGUGGAGAUGGUGGUGCGUUGGCCGGAGGUGGAGGCGGUGCCGAGGUUGCUGCGGCGUUUGAGGGGAUACCGAUGGGCGGCGGAGGCGGUUUCAGUGAGUUUGGUGACAUGGGUAUGCCCCCGGGAGAAAGCGUGGGUCUGGCCCGAGGAGAGAGUGAGUCCCGUGGGGACAUCAGUGUGGGUAUGCAGGACUUACUUGGACAGAUCAGCUUGGCGGACCCGAGUAGUUUCUCCCCUGCCAUGCGCGCAGAGGUGAUGUUGGGGGCAGAGGGGGAUGAGGACCGGACACCCCCUGGAGAGACAUCUGAGGAGAGGCUGGAUAGGCUUGAUAGUCGUCGAGCUGCCCUCAUGGCACAGAGGGACCCCAGGAUGCAGGAGCUCGCCCAUCUUGGGGCCGAGGACCGACGGAGGCAGCUGAGGACAUUUACGCCGGCGUCCGUUGACGUGGGGCCAGCUGCCCACACGGAUCCUCCGGCAGAGGUUCACGACACCACGCAGUGGGAGGCGGCUUCGACAGAGGUAUCGAGUACGGGAGUAGAUGUUUAGCAGGGGACGCACAAGAGCAGGUUGGCAACGACAGAGGAGCCACGUUCGGAGCCGGCGCAGCCUC